AGCAGACAGGGGUUCUCAUUCACUGAACAUAAUCACGGACACCAGGCGCAGAGACCCAAACUAUUAUAUCAAAUCCAAUCCCUAAAAUGGAAGAAGCCAAAAGCCAAAGUUUGGAGGAAGACUUUGAAGGACAGGCCACACAUACAGGACCCAAAGGAGUAAUAAGUGAUUGGAGAAAGUUUAAGUUAGAGAGUGAAGAUAGUGAUUCAAUCCCACCUAGCAAGAAGGAGAUUCUCAGGCAAAUGUCUUCUCCUCAGAGUAGAGAUGACAAAGAUUCAAAAGAAAGAAUCAGCAGAAAGAUGAGCAUUCAAGAAUAUGAACUUAUCCAGCAAGGCAAAGAGGAUGAAAAUUGCCUUCGUAAAUACCGUAGACAGUGUAUGCAGGAUAUGCACCAGAAGCUGAGUUUUGGGCCCCGGUAUGGCUUUGUGUAUGAGCUGGAAACGGGGGAGCAAUUCCUGGAAACGAUUGAAAAGGAGCAGAAGAUCACCACCAUCGUUGUUCACAUUUAUGAAGAUGGCAUUAAGGGUUGUGAUGCUCUAAACAGCAGUUUAACGUGCCUCGCGGCAGAAUACCCUAUAGUCAAAUUUUGUAAAAUAAAAGCUUCUAAUACAGGCGCUGGGGACCGCUUUUCCUCAGAUGUACUCCCCACACUGCUCAUCUACAAGGGUGGGGAACUCAUAAGCAAUUUUAUUAGUGUCACUGAACAGUUUGCUGAAGAAUUCUUUGCUGGAGACGUGGAGUCUUUCCUAAAUGAAUAUGGGUUACUACCUGAAAAAGAGGUCCAGGCCCUAGAGCAGACCAACAUGGACGACGAAGAUAUGGAAUAAAGAGUCACUAUAUCAAUAGCUCACAUUUAUCCUUUAUCAUUGAACAUUGACUUUGGUAGUAUCCAUAUUCCUUUAGAGGACACCAAGUAUGGCCAUGACUGUUCUAAUUUAAAAAAAAAUGACUGACACUAAAAUUGUGUUAUCAGCAUUUCUUAGUGCUAGCUAUUCAAAUUAAUAUAAUGCUUUACUAAAAAAAAAUUGUAGUCUUCAGCAAUGUUGUUAGCAAAGAGGAUGUAGAUAACAUUGUGACAUUUUUCAAAAAUCCCUUUCAAGUUAUGUGUUGGCUUUUUUACUCCUUCCCCCUUGUUAUUAUUAUUUGGGCUUUUCAAAUUACAUUAUUAAUUAUAAUUUUACUUAUGUAAUAGGAAUAAAAUCUCAUGAGGAAA